AUGUCUUUUGUAAAAGGAAAAUGUUGUUUCUUAUGGAAAUGCAUAGUGAAGAAACUUGAGAAUAAUCAUGGUGCUAUAGAUGAGCAAUAUGCUCAUCUUAAGAAUUAUGCUGAGGAAUUGCGUAGGAUUAACCCUGGGAGUACUGUGAAGAUAAAGUGUAGUGCUGGUCUUGAGGGUCCUUUGUUUGAGAGGAUGUAUGUGUGUUUCAAUGCAAGCAAAAGAGCUUUUGUUCAAAGUUGCAGACCAUUGAUAGGUCUAGAUGGGUGUUUCUUGAAGGGUAUGUAUGCAGGACAUCUGUUCUCAGCAAUUGGUAAAGAUGAGAAUAAUCAGAUGAUGCCCAUUGCAUUUGCUGUUGUGGAGGCUAAAACCAAGGAAUCUUGGGAUUGGUUUAUAGAUAUGUUGCUAGCUGAUUUCAAUGGUAUUCAACAUAAAAGAUGGGCCUUUAUAUUAUAUCAACAAAAGGGCCUGGUUAACACAAUUGCUGCUACAUCAGAACAUGUUGAACACAGAGUUUGUGUGAAGCAUUUGUAUGGAAAUUGGAGGAAGAGACAUGGCGGUGAACACCUAAAGGAAGCUUUGUGGAUUUCUGUAAGAGCAACAACUGACCCUGAGUUCAAGAAGGCUAUGGAAAAUCUGAAGAAAUUGAGUGAACCUGCAUGGAAGGAAAUGACUGAGUUGCCAAUAGGUAUGUGGUCUAGAGCUGGGUAUAGUACAUACACAUGUUGCGACCUACAAGUCAAUAACAUAUGUGAAGCAUUUAACAGUGCCAUAUUAGAAUACAGAGAGUAUCCAAUCAUUUCUCUGUUUAAGGGUUUGAAGUUUUACUUAACAAGCAGAAUUGUGAGACUGAGAGAUUAUAUGUUAAGAUAUGAAGGUGAUAUUUGUCCUAAGAUUGCAAAAAUUAUGGACAAAAAUAAGAGGGACGCUGAUGGAUGGUCACCAAAUUGGCAUGGGGACAGAGAUUACUCCUCAUUUUCUGUGGGUAAUGGUAUUGAUAAAAAAUGGGACAUCACUGGCAUACCUUGCCCUCAUGUUAUUGCUUGUAUGAGGUUUAAUAACCAGAAUCCAGAUGAUUUUGUGGCCCAUUGGAAACAAACUUUCUUAGACUGCUAUAGCAAUCUAAUGUUGCCAUCAAAUGGACCUAAGCUUUGGCCAGAAGUAGUUGGUGAUCCCAUAUUACCACCUAAAAUGAGAAGAGCUCCUGGUAGACGAAAGAAGUUGAGGAGGAAGACAAAUGAUGAACCAAAGAAACCAUCUGGUGCUGGUGGGAUGGUGAAAAGAAACCAAGAAACUGUGAGAUGCAGAAGGUGUAAGGAGUUAGGCCAUAAUCAGAGAACUUGUGGGGGAAAGACUGGUGUAGAUAGGAAUCUUCCUAAGGGAGGUAACAAGACUGGUGCAGAUAAAGGGAAAGGGAAAGGCAAAGCAGUUGCAACUGGUGCAUCAAAGAAAGCUAAGAAGCACACACAAACUGGAGGUAGUCAAGCUGGUGGGAGUCAUGCUGCUGUUGUACUUCAAGGUGGUGGGAGCAAUGUUGGUGGGACCAAAACUGUGACACAGACUGUGACACAAAGUGCUACUAAAUCAGCCCCUGUUACAGAUGGGAAACAUGUAACUGUUGGUGAGGCUACAGUGUUUGUGCCAAGAAAGAUAAGGACAACAGGAACCAAGAGGAAGGUGGAUGAAAUUGGAACAAUCUGUCAACAAUAA